AUGAGUGCUUCUGCAGCCCCCAUUCCGCUAGAUCAGUUUGCUGCGGCCCUCCUCGAUCUUGAGGUCCCACAACUUCACCAAGAAUCAGCACGUCUUCAAAACUCGCUCUACCACCUCGAACGAUCCAAUACUACCCUUGCUGAAUACCCCGAUGAUGAAGACUGCAAGGAUGCAAUACGCUACAACCAUAGUGUUAUUGAACAGCAGAAGCAACGGGUCGAUAUCAUCAGGUUGGAACUUGUAAGGCGCGGAGUUAGCGUCGGACAUAUGGAUUUGGAUAUUCCUGGAUCUUCUGCUCCAGCUGAUACUCAGGCUACCGUUGCAACAUCGGGGAGCUCUGCUCCCGCGAAUGGUGCUAAUGGGCAUGCCGGGGAAGACGAGGGGGUUUAUUUGUGA